AUGUCACAGGGGAUGAUGGAAUUGCUGCUUUUGGUAACAAAAAUUUUGUUGAAGCACCCUACUUGUUUGGGCCACCGUCGCAAGUCGAACAAGAAUACUCCCAAGUGCGUUACCCAGUGUGUUUCUCGGGAAACGUGUACUGCGGCGGGACUGGUUUUCUUGAUGUGGCAGACACUGAUUUGUUGCCACGAAGCUCUAGCUCACAAACCUCUUCCUUGGUUCCUCAAAGCCAACCAGUCGCUCAUGGUGGGGCUGUAUCUCCACACCCUGAGGGAGAAAGCAGGGUCUCAUGGAAAAUCAAUUUUGGCAGCUGCGAUGCCCAAAGCUUGCGUCUUUCCUACGGUCACACUGGAGAGUCGACGUCGCCGUCGGGCUCACAACCAUCAUCGUCAUCAUCAGUUAAGCGACUGCGCAAAAUCAUAG